AUGAACCCUCUAUCGUAUUUGAUUCAGCGCCCAUUCCCACGAGCAUGGCAAUCGUCAUUCGCCAUCAAGCUGCCGGUAUGUAACCAAGAUGAUGAGGCCCAGCCAGUGCUAACACAAGGAUUGGCUUCUCAUCAGUUCCGAGUUCCCACCGCCUACACCUCCUCUCGGCACUUUACCACUAGCCAAAGCCUCUUUAGAGGACGACGAAAGAAACGCCCGUUUGUGCCAUCGCCAGGGCAACAAAAGAUCGUCAAACUCUGUGCCGAGCACAAUGUCGUCGUUUCUGCACGCCCAGGAUCAGGCAAGACGGCUACCGCCGAAGCCAUCGUUGCUGCCUACCCACACUUACGUGUAGCCGUGCUCUGCUACUCAAAGGCUCUUCAGCUCGAUACUCAGCGCCGACUCAAGAAGUAUCCUAAUGUCGAGGCUUUCACCUUUCACAAGAUGGCCAGGCUUCUGUUUGACGCUGAGCUGUACGAGGAUAUUACGCUAUCGCAGGAGAUACAGAACACCAUCGCACUCAACAAGCUUCCUCAUGGGCACUUCGAGCCCUUUGAUAUCAUCGUGUUAGACGAGUUCCAGGACUGUACGGACCUAAUCUUCAGACUGGUCAUUAUCUUCAUCCGGGCUAAUGAAGCAAAGAGACUUGGGCGACCUUCCCGGAUUGUGGUGCUUGGCGAUGAGCGACAGUCCAUCUACCAAUUCCGUGGUGCUGAUUAUCGCUACCUCACUGCAGCCCCGGAGUUGCUUGGUCCGCUCAGCCCAUGGUCUUUUGCUCAACUGCCUUUGGAUCAGAGCUUUCGCCUCUCAAAAGAAACAGUUCAGUUCGUCAACGACGCGUUUCUUGGUGGUGAAGCAUACAUCUCCAGCUCAAAGUCUGGCCCAAAGCCCAUCAUCCUUAACUGUGACCCGUUCGACAAAUACACAUUGGCCAAGGAAUUACUCCCCUUGAUCAAACAUUAUGGCGCGAAGAACACAGCAAUCAUAGCGCCGGCUAUACGCAAUAACAAGCCAUUGAAAAGCUUGGCCAAUGUGUUGGUGGAGAAGUUUGGUGUGCCGAUUGCUGAACCGAUCGACGAAGAUGGUCCCCUAAACGACGAUGUCAUCAAGGGGAAACUGUGCAUCUCUACAAUCCACCAAUUCAAAGGCAGAGAACGGGAGUUAGUGAUCCUAUCAGGUAUGGACGCUUCAUUCUACAGAUAUGCAGGCCGCCAUCUCCCGGACGACCGGUGUCCUAAUGAGGUCUUUGUGGCUCUUACACGUGCUGUGGAACAGCUUGUCUUGAUCCAUGACGCGAAACAGAAGCCGAUGCCCUUUGUUAACCUUGAUGCGCUGUAUAAAACAGCAGAUGUCAUCAACCUGGAAGACAAAGUCUCCAAAAUCAGAUCUCCUGACGAUCCUGGACGGCCAGUGGAAUAUGGACUGUCUCUGCCCACGCUGAUUGGUAUUUCGCCAUCUCUACCGGAGAAUCAACAUAUCAAAUUCAGAGAGACUGUGAUCUCAGACCCGAAGAGAAGGCAUUCCGAAGCGAUCAGCGACAUCAACGGCCUCGUCGUUGUAGCAGCAUUCGAACACGACAUCACGGGAGAGAUAUCAAUGGUCAGGAACAACCGUAAAGGAAAUGAAGGCAAGCUUCCGAUCUCUUCGGAAGAGCAAAUCCCGUGGCUCUGCCGACAGGCGUGCCAAUAUCUUGCGCAAAAGUCAGGAUACCGACCGCGUCUUGUUCAGAUGAAGGACCACGCGUUCGACUGGAUAGAGCCCAAGCAUCUAAGCAUCGCCCGAGGUCGACUUCAUGGCGAGCUCGACAGCUUCGCUCCCAACCUGAGAUUCGAGGAGAGACUCAAACGGGAAUUUGAAGUUGACGGUGAGAAGACGCAGCUUCUUGGUGAGGCUGAUAUCAUAUGUGUUUCUACCCCCUCCAAAAGCAGCGAAACGGAAAUAGUCGAGUCCGUCUGGGAGAUCAAGUUUGUCUCGCAGCUUUCCAAUUCGCAUAUCGUACAGGCAUCUACAUAUGCGUACUUGGUAGCCUCCGCAUCCGGCCAGCUACCACGCAUUAUGCUCUACAACGUCCGGGAUGGACAAAAGCUGGAAAUCACACCGCGCAACGGACUGGAAGGACUGCGCCGUAUGAUUGAAAGUGUUCUCCGACUCAAGUUCACGACCGUACACGAGAUGGAGGACGAAGCUUUCAUGGAAUUGUGUGCCAAGGCCACGCAGGAAGUAUUGGAUCUGGAUAAUGAUGGAGCAGAAGAGACAUAG